AUGCCGCUGGACCCCAACAACACUAAGGACCGGCUGCUAGUCCAGAUUGCGUCGUACAACACCAAUUUGCAAGGGCAGGAAGGCGUACCCCAAGACCUGGUCGAUUGGCUCUCCCCGACCCUGCAAGUGUCGACCUUUCUCGCGUCCAACCCUCGCGCGCCCGACAUCAUCGCGGUCGGCUUCCAGGAACUAUUGCCUUUACACCUCGGCCUGCUUGGCUUGUCCAAAUCCGUGAUCGAGCACAGGGACGAUCUCAUCCUCUCCCAGAUCGAGAAGCAUGCCCCGAACAAGGAGCGAUACGUCCUCGUCGCCAAGGUGGUAAACGUCGGCGUAGCGCUCCUUGUGUACGCUCGCGACGACACGGUCGGUCGUAAAGUAACGGACGUGGAGACGUCCUGGACUGGAUGCGGGCCACUGUACAUGGGCAAUAAAGGCGCCGUCGGUGUUCGUUUCAGAGUUCAGGCCGAAGAAGGUCCUGACGAAAUCUACACUUUUGUAUGUGCACACUUGACCGCACAGGAAAACAAGAACGCUCGACGUCUCGACGAUUAUCAUUACAUAUCGAGCUCCCUAUUAUUUCGACCCCUCCCCAAUUCCCCUUCUUCCCCCACCAAGACAGCGUCCACGAUAUUCGAGACCUCGCACCUCUUCUUUCUCGGAGACCUGAAUUUCCGCCUCGAAUUACCGAAGUCGCAUCCGCACCGUGUCGCGCAUCAAAAGGGGGAGUUCGCACACGUGUUGGACGACCACGGCGAACGGGAGCGACUCACGGAAUUCGACCAACUUCUCCAAGCGCGAAAACGCGGCUCGGCCUUCGUUGGCCUGCGUGAGGGCGAAUUCUGGCAGUUCAAGUGUAGCUACAAGUAUCACCACGGAGAAGUAGACAAGUACAGUGCGAAGCGUCUACCCUCCUGGACGGACCGCAUCCUGUAUACCACCUACACCGAUUCCCCGGAUAAACCGGAAGAAUCGAACAUAACGAAUCUACUGUAUACCACAAUCCCUUCCUAUACGUCCUCCGAUCACAAACCGAUCGUUGCUCUCCUCAUGCUUCCCUCUCCCCCUGCUUCUCCUCCGGCGGGCAUACCCACACUCCAGCUGCCUGCAGGCGCGACAUCGAUGCCUGACCCGCACGCCAACCUGAAGCGUUAUACCGGCCGCGUCCUCGAUCGCCUGGCCGGUUUGGUGCUGUACAUCCUCACCAUCGUCGGUUUGGGUUCGCCAUACCUAGGGCUGGGUAAUUGCGUGCUCGGACUGAGCGUCUGGUCCUGGUGGAUGUCGCGGUAA